GAAAGCAGUCUGCAUCUGUCUGUGAGCUGGUUUAUGCUCGACUUUGCAUUCAUUCAUGCCUGUGCAUGUGAGAGGUUUAUGACUGGAAAUUAGCUUGUGUUGUGCCUAGAUUGCUGCGCUUGAAGGUUAUGAAAUACUGUAUUACCGCCCGGAUACGACUUCCCGUCUAAGUUCAAAGGUUGCUGAAGUUCAGUGUUUGCAGAACAGGGCCGAGUUUGGACAGAAAGUUUCUGACCAGAACCUGAUCUCAAUGAGUCACAGGUUACUCUCAACUGUCUGGUUUAUGUAUAACAGAUGGAGUGUGUCUCUUUCCCGCCACUGUCCCGUGUAGCCAUUUGUGGUGGCACCCAUGGAAAUGAGAUGUCAGGCGUGUAUAUGGUGAGAGAAAUGCAGAAGCAGAAGGUGGAAAAGGCCGGAUCUGUCUUUAUUACCACUGUCCUAGCAAACCCACGUGCUGUGGAUGCUUGCAAAAGAUACACAGAUACAGACCUCAACCGCUCUUUCACAGACGCCUUGCUGAGUGCCCCCAUAACAGAUUCAACAUCGUAUGAGUUGAGGCGAGCCCAGGAGCUGAAUGCUCAGCUUGGGCCCAAAGGAAGUGAAGAGGCUGUGGAUCUGCUCUGUGAUCUCCACAACACCACUGCCAACAUGGGCCUGUGCCUCAUCUUUUACUCCUUAGACUGGAUCACCAUGCACAUUUACAAAUACAUACAGAGCAAGAUAACCUCUGCGCCUGUGAGAGCAAUCCAGCUGGAUAUACCCAUCUCUGAGGCUUACUCCUUAGAGUCAGUGGGCAAACAUGGCUUUGCAAUUGAGGUCGGUCCUCAACCCAACGGUGUGCUCAGAUCUGAUAUCUUUAACAUGGUGAAAGAGGCAGUGGACCUCACAAUAGAAUGGCUUCAGCUAUUCAACUCUGGAAGUACUUUUGAAGGAGGUGAAGUUGAAGCAUACACUCUGACGAAGAGCGUUGACUACCCAAGGGAUCCGACGACCAAUGAGAUCACUGCUGCCAUUCACCCCAAGCUACAGGAUAAUGACUUCAAGCUCCUCCAACCAGGUGACCCCAUAUUCCUGUCAUUUUCUGGCGAGACUGUGAAGCACGAGGGAGAGGAACUCUACCCUUUCUUUGUCAAUGAAUGUGCCUACUACGAGAAGAAGAUUGCUUUCCAUUUAGCUCGAAAGAUCACUCUGACCUUCCCGUCUGUUAGUGUGAAGAAGGACUGAAAGAGGAGAGAUGCAACGAGAUCAACAUAUACUGUAGUGAUUUUAAAUCACAAUCUAAUAUAGAAUAUGCACAGUACUUGUUUUUAAUCAUCUCAAAUGAUUCAUUAAGUAAUACACAAACGUAUGCAAUGAAGUUUAAAUAUUCUGCAGGUGCUGGACAUAAUAACGUGAUUACCUCCUUAUAAUUCAAUGCAAUAAAGCUGCCCUGCAACAGUACUACCUCUGUGAGGCUAAAAAGGAAGCUCAUGUGUAACACCAGAGUUGUUGUUGAGGUACUUGAGUGAAUGAUAUUGCACAGUUACAAUCCUCCACCUUCUUUGUAUUGACUAGUAUUAAUUGUUAAUGACAUUGAUCUUUCUUUUGCAUCGUGCCAAUAAUGCAAAACACCAUGUUUGAAUGGAAAUGUGCAUCACUUUAAACAAAUUGCUGUGUUUUGACUCUUUAAACAUCUCUAACUUUUAUACAACUGCACUGUGAAGACUUCUUUUAAAUUCUUCUUUUAUAAAAGGAUAGUAAAUGAUAAUAA